AUGGAGGACCUUAAUCUUUACAUCCUGACAUCAAACUGUGCACGGACUCUUAUUGAUGUGGACCUUUUUGCGGACCAUUUCUUCGAUGCACUCUCGCCCGAGCGCCGCGCAUCGGGCGCCCCCGAGCUGAUCGUGCUCUCCCUACAGGAGAUUGCGCCUAUCGCAUAUUCAUUUCUAGGAGGCACAUAUCUAACACCUUAUUUUGAUGCGUUUGUGAAGACCGUCAAGAAAGCAACUGCUCAAUUAUGGGAUGAAUCAUAUGUGAAUCUAGUCAAGGACCACACGGGUAUGACAGGAUUGAUGGUUUUUGCGCGCGCGGAUAUUGUGGACAAAAUCCCAUGGGUCGAUACUGCGCACGUUGGGUUUGGAGUUCAGGAAAUGGGCAAUAAGGGUGCUGUCGGGGCACGUUUGGGUUAUGUGGCAGAGGGUUAUCCAUCCAAGACGGUGGAUUUAACAUUUGUCGCGGCUCACCUGGCGCCGAUGGAGAAUGCAUUGGAGCAAAGAAAUGCGGAUUGGCAAAGUAUCGUCGAGCGACUUGUCUUCUCCCACGAAAACACCCCGCUCAAGGCCUUGGGUCAAGGAAGCUCCGAUGAAAACACCGCUCUUCUGGCCGAUCACGAGUCAUCGCAUGAAGCGGAGACCAGUCGUCGAGAUCUCUUCGCGCCCAAUUCCUAUCUCUUCUUGGCAGGAGAUCUCAACUACCGAACCUCAGAUGUGAGCCCAUUAAAGGCAGAUGUCAUCCGAUUCCCUCGACCGGGUGUUCCUCGCGGUGAUCCAGCGCAUUAUUCUCACCUUCUCGAGGAAGAUCAGCUCAUGCGUGAGAUGCGUGAAGGGCGCUCUUUCCACGGACUUUCUGAAGCACCCAUUGAUUUCCCUCCGACUUACAAAUACUCCGGUGCAGCGCAGCAGGCUGCGCGUCAGAUUCUCUUGAGUGGGGAGCCAGAGACGGAGUGGGAAUGGUCAACACACCGCUGGCCGAGUUGGUGUGACCGAAUCCUCUAUUUGGAUUGUCCACCUUGGGCCAGAGAAGGAGGACAUGUCAAGACGCAUGCAUACAACGCAUUGCCUCUCUUCCCACACUCGGACCACCGACCUGUUGCUUUGGCGGUGUCGGUCCCUCUGAAGCCCACGGAUGGCACGUCAGAGACAGAUCAUGAGACAGCCAAAACGGUAGCUCCGUUUGCAAUCGAUCCCAGCUGGCGGUCUCGACGGGAUGCCGCUCGGCAGAAGGAGAUAGUGGUAGGAUUUCUGGCAUAUCUAGGAUUGACCUGGGAAGGAAACGGGAUGUUACUUGCAUCGACACUGGGACUUGUUGGGGCAUGGGUUUUGCUUCGGUCUCUUUAG